UUUUUUAUUAUUUUUUUAAAUUAGUCUAUGGGCCCCGUUUGAGUAUGCGGGUGUGUUUUUGUUUGCUGUAAAUAUGGUGCCUUGGUUAAGAAAUGAAUCAACGUAGCAUGAGUGAUGUGGUGGGGGAAAUAUAUUUCUUCAGCGUGCACGAAGCACACACCGUCUGAGUGCCAAGUAUGUACACCCGGCGAGCCUGAAAAGCGUGGAGGUGUCUGAGGUAAUUUAUUUGUAAGAACCGCCACGGAGGCUGGUGUGUGUGUCCAGGAGCCAGUGGAGCUCAGGAUUCGAGGAACAGAGGGCUCGGAGGCGCACGCCAAUGCGGACACACACGUCUGUGAUGGAGGAUGUGUGCAGGAGCGGAGCCGCAGGGAUUCCAGCGGGAUGGAGUUGUCAGUGACGAGCUUCUUGUGUCUCCACUCUGGGUGGUUCUUGCAGGACCAUCGUAUUCUCGUCACUGUUACCAUCUUAUUUCAUCUGGCAUUAGUUAAGGUACAAGAAGCCAUUGAGACCAGAGAUGGGACCUUCUGUGCAGAAUUAGUAUCAUUUAAGCAUCCACAUGUUGCAAACCCAAGGCUACAGCUUCCAUCUCCAGAGGAGAAGUGUCAACAAGUUUUGGAGUCGCCAUAUGAUGAAAUGUUUGCAGCCCACUUAAGGUGUACUUAUGCUGUUGCAAACCAUGACUUCGUAGAAGCAUACAAAUGCCAAACAGUUAUUGUCCAAUCUUUCCUGCGAGCGUUUCAGGCACAUAAAGAAGAAAAUUGGGCCUUACCUAUUAUGUAUUCUGUAGCCCUUGAUCUUCGAAUUUUUGCUAAUAAUGCAGAUCAACAGCUUGUGAAGAAAGGGAAAAGCAAAGUUGGUGACAUGUUGGAAAAAGCAGCAGAGCUGCUGAUGGGCUGCUUUCGAGUCUGUGCCAGUGACACUCGAGCAGGCAUCGAAGACUCGAAAAAAUGGGGCAUGUUGUUUCUUGUGAAUCAGCUGUUCAAAAUUUAUUUUAAGAUCAACAAGCUCCAUCUCUGUAAGCCCUUAAUUAGAGCAAUUGACAGCUCAAAUCUGAAGGAUGAGUAUAGUAUGGCACAGAGAGUUACAUACAAAUACUAUGUUGGACGCAAGGCCAUGUUUGACAGUGACUUUAAGCAAGCUGAAGAGUAUCUGUCAUUUGCCUUUGAGCACUGUCAUCGAUCAAGCCAGAAGAACAAAAGAAUGAUUUUGAUCUACCUACUGCCAGUAAAAAUGUUGCUGGGCCAUAUGCCAACAGUUCAGCUCUUAAAAAAGUAUGACCUUAUGCAGUUUGCUGAAGUAACAAAGUCUGUGAGUGAAGGAAAUCUUCUCCUUCUGAAUGAUGCUCUGACAAAGCAUGAGACCUUCUUUAUUCGAUGUGGAAUCUUUCUUAUCCUUGAGAAGCUGAAAAUCAUCACAUACAGGAAUCUCUUCAAGAAAGUAUAUUUACUACUCAAAACUCAUCAGCUAUCUCUAGAUGCUUUUCUGAUUGCUCUGAAGUUCAUGCAAAUAGAUGAUGUUGAUAUUGAUGAAGUCCAGUGUAUUUUAGCUAACCUUAUAUAUUUGGGUCACAUUAAAGGCUACAUAUCCCAUCAGCAUCAGAAGCUUGUGGUCAGCAAGCAGAACCCAUUUCCUCCACUGUCAACAGUGUGUUGUUGAGUAUUGCAUCUUAGCCAUGCAAGUACUCUUCAGAUACUCAACUUGCCCAGUGGAACUCCCAGUGACCCCAAGAACACUGUAAAUGGCCUGGUUCAUGUCCAUGACUGAAAUACCAGGAACUGUUUAUGGCUCCUUUCCCAGAAUGGCCAAGGCUGCCAGUGUUACAAAGUGCAUUGAAAUGAGAUGUUGACUUUUAAGUGGUAGUAGUUUCCACAGGCUUUCUAGAUCAUUCUAAGUAUCUCAUGAAGAAAUAAAGCAAAGCAUUCCAAAUUCCUUCCCAACUACUUAAAAGCUUUUAUAAAGUACUUCAUGUUACUGUUUCUGUGUUUGUCCUUCAGAGAGAAGUAUCAGCCUUUGUUACUUGUGUUAAUACAUUCUUCAGAGUGGAAGUAAUGUUUUCUUACAUGAUUUCCAAUUUUUUUUUUAAGUCUCAAUAAUUUUGCUGGUAUUAAAUACUCUCUUCAAACUGUCUCUAAAAAAUAGAGAAGUGUCUGACACCAAAAGCUUUACUGUGUCAGUAAUACUUACGAGUUUGAGCAUAAGUGGUAGGUGCCCACAGAUGGCUUUGGAAUUUUUUUUAAUUCUGGUCAUACUUUGUUUAAUUUUUGUUAGGAUGAACAAAAACUCAUGUAGCUAAAUUAUCCAUACUCUGUUUUAUUUUGCUUCUAGGGAAAACAGUACCACUGGACCCAUUAUAUUAAGUGUUACUACCCUGGGGAUUGGUUUGUUUGUUUGUUUGGGGGUGGUACAAUAUAACUUUGUCCAGACUGAUGAGAUUUUAGUUUUGGGGUUUUAAAAUUAUUUUUAAAACAAAUAAAACAUUUAUUUUUUGUUGUCUUUGACAA